AUAAUAUAUACAAUGAGACAACAACCAUUAUCACGUUUCCUCGCUCAACAAGGUAGAAUCUACUGGCCAUUUUUAGUUGGUGCCGGUGUUUGGUUCCCCAUCAUCCCUAAAGUCCAAUGGGGUAUUACGGACUCCAACAAAGAGCAAUCAUACUAUUGGAAAAAAGUUCAAGCCCUCAAUAACCCAGAUGCCCACAAAAGCCACGGUCAUGGUCACCAUUAAUUUAAUAUAAAUAAUAAAUAAUAUAUAUAAUUUAAAAAAUAUAUAGUGUUAAUAGUAAAAAAACAUUUAAAAAGAAACAUUAAAAAAAAAACAAUAUUCAUCUUUAAAUGGUGUAAUAUUUAUUUAAUAAAAAAAAAUAAUUAAUAUAC